AUGGCCCCAUGUCCGGACAACGGAUGGCAGUAUAUCGAUCCGUCCGGAAACAUUCAAGGGCCAUUUCCUAUCGAGAAGAUGAGGGUGUGGCACCGGCAUAACUUUUUCUAUGCCGAGCUGCUGAUGCGAUCGGAUCCAGUGGUGCGGGGCUUUCACUGGGCUCCGCAUUUGAGUUCUACGCAAAACUUGCGGGGGUUGGAAAGCAUCAGCGAACAUGUGCACGCUUGGGGAAUCUUUGGAGCGCAAGGCUGGAGUUCACGGCUGGAGUGCGCGCUGUAA